AUGGAAAAGUGGUCAGUUGAUCAAGUCUGCAUCUGGUUGGUACAGAAAAACUUAGGGGAAUUAGUUCCUAAAUUUCGUGAGGAAGAAGUGAGUGGAGCUGCUCUCUUGGCUCUUAAUGACAGGAUGGUCCAACAGCUGGUGAAGAAGAUUGGGCACCAGGCAGUGCUAAUGGAUCUGAUUACAAAAUGCAGGCAACAGACCAGAGGAUCAUUGUUUACCUGUGAUUCACCUUCCUCUCAGUCACCAGCAGCAAUGGGAGGAACCACUACCUUGCAGCUUGCUGAAGAACUGGUGAAUUGUUUUUCUCCUGUUGAAAGCCUUAAUGAUCUAUCAGUCGACCAAAGAGUUCUCAAACAAAAAAAAAACAUGAAGCAUAUUUUGGCAAGAUACAAAGCAUUGCAAUGGACAAAUUCAUAUACUUUGCCUGAGUUUCCUUAUGAUGUCAAAUGCAUAUUAGCAGAAAAAAAAUCUCCUGACCACAGUAUGAGAAUAAGGAUAAUUGAAUUCUUGCAAGCUGACAUGACAAAGUAUCUUGAAGGAUCACUGUAUCCAACUACUCAGCAGUAUAAUGAUGUUGUCAAUGCAUUGCUUCAAACUUACCCUUUUCUUGAUGAAGAUGGGUGUGGCUUUUUUCUAUGGAAACGAGCUCUCAAAGACCGUUUUAAGUAUGUGCGAAGACCGAUAGAAGAUGAUGAACAGGUAGUGAGAAACAAAUGCAAGUUUGGACAUAGACGAGGACAGACCAGGAAAUCUACUGAAAACCAAUAUGAGGCAGCACCAACAGUGCUUACAAAAGUAAGCAUUAAAAUCCCAAUGAAGUGGAGGAGUCAAGAAUAUUAA